UGUCUCUAUGAUCCCCGGCUCCUCGCCUUUACUGCAGAUGAGCAUGCGCAGGAGUCGAGCGUGCCAUAGCAACCGGAUCAGCGACAGUAGCAACCCUAAUGGCAAAAGCAACAACUAUUAAAGAAGCUCUAGCCAGAUGGGAGGAAAGAAAUGGUCAGAAGGCAUCGGAGGCCAAGGAGGUGAAACUAUAUGCCCAGAUUCCUCCUGUAGAGAAGAUGGAUGCAUCUCUGUCCACACUUGGUAACUGCGAGAAGUUGUCUCUGUCUACAAACUGCAUUGAAAAAAUCGCCAACCUGAACGGCCUAAAAAACUUGCGGAUUCUUUCAUUGGGGAGAAACAACAUAAAGAAUCUGAAUGGGCUGGAGGCAGUUGGAGAUACAUUAGAGGAACUGUGGAUCUCAUACAACUUAAUUGAGAAGCUAAAGGGCAUCCAUGUCAUGAAGAAGCUGAAGAUUCUCUAUAUGUCCAAUAAUUUGGUGAAAGAUUGGGCAGAGUUUGUGAGACUGGCGGACUUGCCAUUACUGGAGGAUCUGGUGUUUGUGGGCAAUCCACUGGAAGAGAAAUACUCUGCCGAUCAGCAGAGCAACUGGGUCGAGGAAGCAACCAAACGCGUGCCCAGGCUGAAAAAACUAGAUGGUGUCCCAGUUAUUAAACAAGAAGAAGGUGAAGAAGGAGAAAACUAACACAACUCUUUCUUGUGUGGUAUUAUAUUAAGUUUCUUCAGAGCAAUUCAGCACACAAAGCUUUUGUAUAAAUGUUUGUUUCAAAGAAAAUCUAUGGACAAUUUUUUUUAACUAACUCAUCUCCAUACUCUUCUUUCCUCACCCAAAGAGUUAAUUACCAAAACAUGGACACACUAAGUUCAUAUAUUUCAUGCGCUCUUCUGUGAGGACUAUUGAAAGUGAGAUUGUCUGUCUGAUUAAUUUAAUGAGAGACUUUAACUAAAACUACAUACUGAUUUUUAUCCCGAUUUAGUGAUUAUUGUAGAUCUGUCUUUCUGGUUAUGACAGAACUGUUUUUCUUGUUAACUGUGCAGCUGAACAUUUUUUUUUUUAAUCAUUUGAGACAUGGAGACCAGAACAACAGUAUUUUGUUUUACACAC